AUACGCUUAACCAACCGUUAAAAUAAGAUACCUUUAUGAAUUAUUUAUUAUUGAUACUAUGACAAAUAAAUAAUAUAUUUCAAGAUCCUAGUAUAUAAAAAAAAUAUCGGCAAGCAGAUGGAAACGGAUACAAAUGGACCACGGUCUUUUAAAGAAUUUUACCGGGGACGCAGGAUGGUAACACUGCUAUACAGUCUGUUCUGCAGAUAAACAUUUUCAUUGUAUUUCUCUUAUUCGGUUUUAUCAAAUGACCAAACUGCCAAUCAUUCGUUUGUUGUGCUUAUCGUGACGAAUGAUUACUGUUUAACUCUAAGCCUUAAGACUACCAUUUACAAAUAAAAAUAUACACAUGAUUAUCAGUAUCAUUUAAAAAAUUAAAAUUUUUAAGAUCAAUUUUAACAAAUAUUAAUCGUUUGUUUGAGCAUUCUCAAAGGCCAUAUAGGUAUCAAAAAUGGCCCGAAAUGCAGAAAAAGCAAUGUAAGUUUUCUAUUUUUAACUUUUUCUAUCUCAAACAAACAUUUUACAAUACAAUUUGUUAAACUAACAUAUUUCCACAUUCUUAAUUUGAAAACUAUUAUGAAAGAGUAUGAGAUAUCUUUUAAUUUUGAUGAUGUAUACAGUUAAGUCAUAACACAAAUACACUCAUAAUAACAUAAUACAAUUAAUUAAAUAAAUACAAAAAAAAAAUAUAUAUAUAGUUAGAUAUAUAUCGAUCACAGGAAAAACUCUAUAUACGUAGCUACGUAGUUGGACUAGUUACAAUAAUGAAAUAUUUACACAUAGUUGUAGUUGAUUAUUUCUGUCAUAAUAAUAGGACCACAUUAGCUCGUUGGCGGGCUGCACAAGUGAAGGAACAUGGUGGCAAGGAAGAACGGCGACCAUACUUAGCUACUGAGUGUACAGACUUGAAGGCUGCUGAAAAAUGGAGGGUUCAAAUUAUAAGAGAAAUAUCUAAAAAAGUAGCACAAAUCCAAAAUGGUAUGUAAUAUUUAAUAAUUAAUGAUUUAUUUACUAAUUUAUUAUUUAAUAUAUUAGCUGGAUUGGGAGAGUUCAGAUUACGUGAUCUCAAUGAUGAGAUUAAUAAACUAUUGCGAGAAAAAAAACAUUGGGAAUAUCAGAUUCGUGAGCUUGGAGGUCCAGAUUUCUUACGAAUGGGACCUAGAAUGCUAGAUCAUGAAGGCAGAGAAGUACCUGGUAAUAGAGGUUAUAAAUAUUUUGGAGCUGCAAAAGAUCUACCUGGUGUUCGAGAACUAUUUGAACAUGAACCACCUCCACCUCCUCGGCGUACUAGAGCUGAACUAAUGAAAAAUAUAGAUGCCGAUUAUUAUGGCUACAUGGAUGAAGAAGAUGGUCUUUUAUUGGCGAUGGAAAGAAAAAAAGAAAAACUGAGUAUGUAUACUUUUUGGAUUUAUUAUAGAAUUUAAUAUUCAAUUGAUUAUUUUUUCUAUUUUUUUUUUCAGUGUUGGAAGCAUUAGGUCAAAAGGCGACCGUUCGUGAUGAAAUUGAUAUGGUUGGUAAUUUUUUAUUAUUUUUCUACCUAAAGAGUAAAAACAGAUUUUAUAGGUAAUUUAAAUUUUUUAAUUAAGGCUUUUGAAGAAGUUGACAGUGAUGAUGAAGAUAUUUCAACAAUGUUUAGCAGCUCACGAUAUAUUCAUCCACCACCUGUGCCUACUAAUCAAGAUAUUCAAACAUUAAUACUUGAUUCUAAAAAACGAGAACUACUUGAGACUUUUGCUGGUGUAGAAAGUAAUAAACAAUACGAAGAAAAAGAAGAUUUAGCCGAUAUAUCAUCAUCCGAUGACGAAUUAUAUACUAAAUAAAUAAACUUGUAUUCUAAUGAUUCAUUUUUGAAAUAUUAAAAUUACCUUUAAAUAAAUUAAGUGAAUGUUUUCAUGAUUCUGCAUAUGUCUCUACUUCAAUUAACCCUCGACAGAUAUAUGAAAAUUCUUUGACUACAUCUUGUAAAGCCUUUUUGCUACUUUUUUCUCUAUAAAAACAACAAUUUAAAUAAUUAAUUUUUUUUUUAAGGUUUAUUAAUACUAGGUAAAUUUACCGUAUCACUCGUUUGAAAAAAAUAGUUUUCAUAUCUUCUGUUACAUUCGGUAAUAAAAUAUUUUGUAUCGUUAUUAUAUCUUGAAACCAUAUUUGUAAAUUACUACUAUAUUUUUUAUUUAAUAUUAACAAGACUUCACACAUAACAUCUAAACUUGCUGUCACUGUAUCACCUUCUAUAAAUAUUUAUAUAUAUAUAAACAUU